AGUCAGAUGAGGGGAGCUGCUGGACCGUGCUUCUCCUUCUGGUGGUUAUCGAUCUCUGAGUGUGUGUGAGAGUGUGUGUGUGAGAGUGUGUGUGUCUGUGAGGAUGUGAAAUCAGGAUGGUCAGGAGGUUGUGCAGAGUUUGUCAUCAGCUGAGAGUGAGCACCAUGGUCCUCCUCCUCCUCCUCCUCCAGCUGCUCUCCCCGCUGCUGCUCAGCUGCGUGGCGGCGUCCGCAGGUCCUCCCCGACACCUCCCUCCCUGCCAAGUAGUCCAGAUGGACGUGUUUUGCAGCGAUCGGAGCCUCAGAAGUGCACCGGUCGACCUUCCUCAGGGCGUCCAGCUGCUGGACCUCUCCUGCAACCAGGUGCAGAACCUCACCCGGGAAACUCUGGCGUACCACACCGGCUUCUAUCAUCUGAACCUCCACGCUAACAGGAUCCACUUCAUCCAGCCGGGCCUCUUCAGAGACAUGACGGAGCUGAAAGUUCUGGAUCUGUCCAAGAAUCAUCUGAGUGUCUUCGCUCUUUCCAAAGUCAGCAUCGGGCCUCUGACAGCUGUGGAGUCGCUGGAUCUUUCAGGCAACGGGCUGUACACGGGGAUGUCGGAGUACUUCCUGGAGGAUUCUCCGUCACUGGUGAACCUUUCUCUGAACAGCAACAGCAUCACGAAAAUAGCACAAAAUACCUUCAGUGGAUCUUCGUCCUUGGAGAAAAUCAGCCUCCACAAUAACGUCAUCUUGGAGAUCGAGGACGGAGCGUUUGACUCGUUGCGUCAUCUGACCGAACUCGACUUGUCCAAGAAUUCGAUCACGUGCAUCACAGACUUUAAUCUCUACAAUUUAAAAGUUCUGAAUCUCAGCAAGAACAGCAUGGAGCUCUUCCACAGUGCGAGCUCCAGUCAACUGUACAACCUUUUAAAUCUCGACCUGAGCGAAAACAAAAUGCUUUACUUUCCGUUUCUCCCCAGAACCAACGUGCUUCAGUAUCUCGAUGUUUCUCGCAACCACAUCCAGAGCUUCAACGUCUCAGGAAAUCCGGAGAAAAGGGCAAAUGUUUUUUUAACGCAACUCCAAUAUCUGGACAUGAGUUACAACCGACUCAAAACCAUACCGGAGACCUUUUUCUGCUUCAUGAGAUCACUCGAGGUCCUGAACGUGAGCAAUAACUGCAUCGGCUCGUUUUCUUUGACCGUCGAAGGUCUUCUCCCGACGGUGAAGAUUAUCAAUCUCAGCUUUAAUUCCCUGCAGACUCUGACAUUCGGGGAAAACUCUCUGCCGUCGCUGGAAAAGCUUUUCUUACAAGGGAAUGACCUCACCACCCUGGACCAUCACGUAUUUCAGAAACUCCCAAGUAUCAAAUACCUGCAGCUCCAACAGAACAAUCUGAAAAUCUGUGACUCGCAGCAAAGCCCAUACGAUCCAGAGCUGACAGAGCAAAACCAAGUGAAUCCCCCCGACUGUGUGUCCUUGUCCUCUGUUCGCAGUUUGCACUUCCUGUACCUCUCUGAAAACAAUCUGCAGAAUCUCCCUGCAAAUGCAUUUGCCAACACCCCUCUGAAGUUGCUGGACUUGUCCCUGAACCCGGGCUUGGACAUGGACAAAGACUCCCUCAGUGGUCUGGAGCACUCGCUGGUUCACCUCCUCCUGAGGGAAAACAACAUUUCCAGUCUACACACAGAUCUGUCCUUGCUGCAGAGUCUCAAACACGUAGACCUGUCCACCAACCAGUUGACCUCCCUGCCUGUGUGGAACAGAGAGUCCUCCAUCGAGUCCUUGAACCUGCAGAACAACAACCUGGUCACGUUGGACAGCAGCACUAUGGUCGCUCUGGAGCACUCGCUAAAAACCCUCUACAUGGGCUCCAACCCCCUGAACUGCUGCAGCAACCUCGGCUUCCUCAACAUGGUCCAGCGCUUGGCCGUGGUCGUCCCCGACAUCGAGACCGUGACCUGUGUCCACGAGGACUUUUCAGAGCCGGUUAACAUCGAGAAGCUGACCGAGGGCAUGUGCCAGGCGUCGAGCAACUCUGCGUACGUUGUUGUCGUCGUUGUGCUGGUGUUGCUGGUCGUCACGAUGGUGGUGGCACUUCUCGUUAAACGGCGCCGCUCGAGGAAAAGAAAGCGCAACAUAAGCUUUAGAGCGUAACAUGAAGGAACAGACGGGACUUGCCGACUUCUGUUAAUUGGAAGGACGGUGGUUUUAUCUAGAAGUUGGACACGUGAACGUCGUGUCUGUGGCGUCUCCUGAUGGACGAGUUGAAGUCUUCACAAGGGUUUAACCUUUUGAGGAUUUGGGCAACGUUGAAAAAGAUGAAUUAGUUAAUGCAAAAAAAAAAAAGACCACAACCAUUUGUUGACGGGCGGAAACACGCGUCAAACAAACUGAAACAAACUUUCGAAGCCGGAACGUCGUGUGGAAAAUUUGUUCACUUUGAUUUUCUGAAGAGAAGUUUGGACUUUCUGGAUGAACUAAAUCUCAAUUUCGGGGUUUUUUGAAGGAACUGGUCGAUUAGCAUCACGUCAGUGUUGUUAGAGUGAUGCCACAACCAGCAGCUAAGUUAGCUUAGCUUAGCAUAUAAGAUUAGAAACAGGGAUACAGUUAGCGUGGCUACGUCCAAAGAAGAGAAAAUAACUUCUACAGCUACAAACUCCCUGAGACUGAGCGGGAACAUAUUUUAAAAUGUGUUUUUAGAAAAACACGUUUUAAUCAAUGAGCUUUCAAAGUUGCUAAACUUGCUGUUUCCCUGUUUCUAGUCUUUAUAGAAACGAAUGAAGUAUGAUGAUAUUUAGCUUGAAGCUAAAACUGAAGAAAACACUAUGAAAUGAAAUGAGGAUGUAGACGAAGAAGUUUUAUUUUUAUUUUCAAACCAGUCCAAGCCGUCCUUUAUCUGUUUAUGUAGUUUGCACUUUAUAUUUGUCUUCGUGUGUUUUACUUAUAUCUUGUUUAUUUACAAAUAACCACUAGAACUCAUAUUUUGAAAUAAUUUAUUUUUUUAGAGUAAGUUGGAUGUUUUCUGAACUGAUCCCAGGUCUGUGAUGCUCCAUAACGAUUCAUUUGAUAUAAAUAUUAAAUGCAGUUUAAAAGCUUUUCUUUUGUUUCCUGGUUUCCUUUCAAUAGAUUGAUUGAUUAUGGAAACAUUGUGGAAACUUUAAACUUUCUAGUUUGAGUGAAACCAGCUUCAUGAGUCUGUAACGACUCCACACUCACCUCGCUCCGUCCUGAGGAAACAGAAUCCUCAUUAAAGUCACUGACGAACACGUCAGGCUCGAUGACUCAAAGGAUUCAUGGAGGAAAGAAUUCAAUGAAAUGAUAUUAAACUGAAUGUACAAUAUAUAAAAUCAUCAGUGUGAUGUUUAUUUUCUACAUGAGUUUGUCUCGUCCGCUUUGUGAAGAAGCAACACAUUUCUGAUAUGAUGCUUAACAAAUCAUUUAGUAAAACUUAACAUUAAUGAGAUAAUAAAAUCGUUUAUAAGACAUUGAGUUAAAGACGCUC